AUGGAACAGGUCAUAUCUAACUGGAGCCCGGGGCCUCAUGCGAACGGCCAACCCACGGCCGCAGACCCACAGCACCUCCAACCACCCAUCCCACCAAAACACGCAAACCGCCCCUUCUCCGCCGAAUUCGGAUAUGGAUCCGAAACUCUAGCUGGACGAGGUCCUCACAGCCGCGACGGCACGCCCAGACCCGUAACACCUACCCGGCAACCGCGCAGCCGCUCCACCACCGACAUCACAGAGCCGUCCAAUGGACCGGGCGACCCGUCGCCGCGGCGUCGCGAACAGAUGCAAGACGGUAGCCCGACGAGCAAGGACUCGACGCCCGAGUCGAGCGGUGCACAAAUCGCGACGCCGACGACGAUGCGCGGACUUCCGCCCUUCUCGGUGAUGCCGCUGAGAAAGCACGGCUCGCUGACUGCGCAUCACUACUCUGCGCUGCUGAAUUUGAUACAGGUUGAGCGGAAGGCGCGGGAGGAGCUGGAGGAGAAGGUUGGGCUCGUGGAGAGGCGGUUGGGGGCUGCGAUGGCGGGGUUGGGGAGGGGGGAGGAGAAGCGGAGGAGUGAGGGGUUGAGGGGGAUGAAGGAGGAGAUGGAGAGGAGGGCGGAGGUGGAGGUGGAGAGGACGCCGGGGAGGUCGGAGGUGGAUUCGGAUGUUGAGAUGCAGAAUGGGACGCCGAGGACGAUGAGUCCGAGUCAGCCGAGGCUUGGGAAAGGACGCGCGCUUCAGGAUGUGGUGUUCUGAGCGAGGGACUUAUGAUUGGGAUGUCUGUAUUUAUAAUGGUGGGAUGGAUGGCUGGAUGGAUAUGGCUUGGCGUUGAAUCGAGGAAGGUACAUUUAGC